AUGGAAAUCCUAACAGCAAACCGUGAGGAACAUCCCCACUAUGCACUUGGGCCAUCUCCUGAGGCUUUGCAAGGCUAUCCCAAUGGGUCCUCGAUGGAAGGGCCGACCUUGUCACAGGAGAUGUGGCGGGAUGGCGACUCUGCAUGCGAUACCCUCGCGCCUUUGUCAAAUGACUUUUGGGACAUCGAGGAGGACAGACUGUCAAACCAAGGAAGAAACCGUCGCGAAACCAUACACACCAGUCCUGAAAGCAGACAUCGUCGAUUCAGCGAUCAGAUCAGUUUCAAAACAGCCCGAUCGUCCAUCAGUGCCGUCAGGGGCAGCGCCAUGUUGAGUCUCAGGAGCAGCAUGGCAUUGAGCUUCAAAACCGCCCAGUCGAACCCUUCCAAGCUAUCCGUCGCCGCCAGAACUGCCAUAGCGAUGCCCGCCAGAAAGGAAAGCUUUUGGAUCCAGAUCUUGAAGCGUAGGAAUCUCUUGCCCUCCUAUGCUUUGGAGCAGAAUUGGUCCGGAAAGGGCCAACAUGUGGAGUUUGCAAGUCUGAAAGAGCUUCCUCUCGAGCCCGAAGGCAGAGAGCUGAGCGCCAUGGUUGACGUCGUAACAUGUAGACGUAUUCGUCUCGCACGCAAGAAAAUCUUCCUUCGCAACAAACUCAGCCGCGAGGAGGCUGCUGACGAAGUCUCGCAUCUGCAACGUCUCAACCAUUCUCACAUCAUUCGCGUCAUCGGCACAUACGUGCUUCCCAUGGCACAAAGCGUGAAUGUCUUGCUCUACCCGGUCACCGAAUACAAUCUCGAAAACUUCUUGGAUGAGAUAUGGGGCAAAGAAGUAGAAUCAGGUAUCACUUGGACUGCCGCACACCUUUUCUCAAAAGCGGCUCCUCUAUCUCAAUUCCAGCUUGAAGCACUCGACAGCCUCUCAAGUUUCUUCAGGUGUUUGAGCAAUACCAUCGGCCACCUGCACGGAAACAAGAGCUACGUAAUCAAACACAUGGACAUCAAACCCUCGAACAUACUCGUACGAGACAUGCGCACAAGUAGCAUUAAACACUCGACCCGGUUCAAAGUCUAUCUGUCCGACUUCGGGAUCGCACGCUCGUAUGAUUCAGCUCAGGAUGCCGACACAUCUUCACGAACCUCAUUCUCGAGGAUCUGGGCCGCGCCCGAGGUCAUCGAAAACCACUUCAUAAACGAAAAUGUGCCACGCGGAUUGCCCGCCGACAUUUUCUCCCUUGGAUGCGUAUUCGCUGAGAUGAUAUGCGCACUAGCGGGAUCAUACCACUGGCAAGAACUGCACAAGACCCGCCAGCGCAGCAGGGAAGACAGCUCCUUCCAGGCAAACCUUACAGAAGUCACUGGCCUCCUGGAGAUGCUUGAGGAUUUGCAGCGCUUUCAGAACCAGUACAUGGUUUCGGCAGAAGACUUUUUCUUCGUCUUUCCUAUUGGGCUUUGCGUCAAGAUGCUUAGCUGGGAACCAAACAAUCGCCCGUCUGCAGCGGAGAUAGUUGAUGAUGUGAAUCAGACACUUUUCUGGGAUUCCGGGCUGCCAGAAGACUCAUGCUGCACUUGCGAGGCGGAUGCCUUAGAGCCGACUAUACGGAGAGACUUGUAA